UGCGAUUUUUCGACCUGUCUGGAAUUAUAUUUGUCUGCGAAGCAGAGACCUUGAGUACUGCUCGGUAGAAGUGUAGUUUAAUACGUGUUAUUUUCCAUUUUGUUGCCUUAUAAAACUUGAAAUAGAUUUGGCCUUGUAUAUUAUUUACACUGUUUUGACCCACUCAUAAUGACUGCAGUUUCGGAAAUUUAAGUUACUCCUGAAACAGAAAAUGUUUCUCUUCAGCUGUAGUUUGAGUGAGGUUACUUUCGCCAGUUACUUGGAUAAACUACAUAAAUAUAAGGCUGCAUUCUCAAAUGCUUCGAAGAAUAGGCAAACAUUGAGGUUGAAGAGUUUAAAGCGUAGCAUUGGCUGACAUUUCGAUUAGAAUUUGUUCGAAAUUGUUGACUCAAGAAGUGUUUAUUCUGAGAUGCCUAAUUUGACGCUUAGUCACUAUGGCUUUUAUUUAACACUGUUUGACACAAGUGCUUAUGCCGGUGACCCACAGAAAGAAUCGGCUGCUGCUGCAAUCUACACAGAAUGGAAGCCAGUCAAGUUUUCAUACUCCGACCUUGGCUACAAAUCAGACGCAGAGAGAGACGAUGACGUAGGAGUGACGUCAUUAUCAGUAUCCAAUAAGGAACAGCAGGAGCAAGAGAGGAGUUUGAAAUGCAGAGAAGUGUCUUUAGAAGUGGUUGAAACGGCAAUUAAAGAACAACUGUCCAUUGUUAGACAGGAGCUGGAUGAGUUCAAAGUGUGUGCACAUGCGUCUGAUGACAUUGCAGUCACACUCCUCGCUCUAUCUCUUCAGUUCCACUCCAUGGAACCAUUAGUCGACUUCUUCAAAGAGCUGUUGACUAACCUGGAGUACAAUGGCUUGCUGUUGAGUCCCACUCUGAAGAACCUGACCGCCAAUGCCGCCUGCUUACACGUUUUACAAUCCAUGCUCAACUACAUCAUGGACGAGACAUUCAAAACCUGGUGCGAUGUGCACAAUAUAAACAACCAACCAUAUCACUCGCGUCCAUCCAGCCAAUCACGUGGCUCCUUCAUCAGUGCAGGCCCUCAUUCCAUAGCCCCCUCUGUGACGUCCUCUUUCUAUGAGCAGCAGACUAGCAACUGGCUGACCGAGUGUGGCUAUUAUGAGAUGUGGCAGGGGCAGGAGAAGACCAGUGGGGAGGAUCUGAUUGCGGAGCUUAUGGGGAUGAUCAAUGCGUGUGAACAGGAGAUAAACGCAAUCCGGAAGCAACUCGAAGCAACAGAGAGAGAUGAUGUCGUAGGAGUGACGUCAUUAUCAGUAUCCAAUAAGGAACAGCAGGAGCAAGAGAGGAGUUUGAAAUGCAGAGAAGUGUCUUUAGAAGUGGUUGAAACGGCAGUCAAAGAACAACUGUCCAUUGUUAGACAAGAGCUGGAUGAGUUCAAAGUGUGUGCACAUGCGUUUGAUGACAUUGCAGUCACUCUCCUCGCUCUAUCUCUUCAGUUCCACUCCAUGGAACCAUUAGUCGACUUCUUCAAAGAGCUGUUGACUAACCUGGAGUACAAUGGCUUGCUGUUGAGUCCCACUCUGAAGAACCUGACCGCCAAUGCCGCCUGCUUACACGUUUUACAAUCCAUGCUCAACUACAUCAUGGACGAGACAUUCAAAACCUGGUGCGAUGUGCACAAUAUAAACAACCAACCAUAUCACUCGCGUCCAUCCAGCCAAUCACGUGGCUCCUUCAUCAGUGCAGGCCCUCAUUCCAUAGCCCCCUCUGUGACGUCCUCUUUCUAUGAGCAGCAGACUAGCAACUGGCUGACCGAGUGUGGCUAUUAUGAGAUGUGGCAGGGGCAGGAGAAGACCAGUGAGGAGGAUCUGAUUGCGGAGCUUAUGGGGAUGAUCAAUGCGUGUGAACAGGAGAUAAACGCAAUCCGGAAGGGGUACAGGGAAUUCUCACGUGCAAAGAACUCCAUCUUGAUUCCAGUUGAGGACUGGGACUUGGAGGCAUCCACUGAGGGAGGAUCGCAGGGGGGUGUGGCCGAUAGCCAGGUACCCAGGGCUAUGUCUGAACUACAGACACUGGACCAUCUGGUACAGCAGGCGCAGAUUGUACAGUUCAAACUAGACCGGCUGGAACUUCUAUCCCUUCGUGAAGCCAGGCAGUUAUCUUCUUCAGACCUCGUGAUCAAACAAGUCGAAGACGCACUUAGCCGACAGAGAAGUGCACUGCACCAUCUUAACUCAUCAUUUGUAAUUGAGGCAGAUAUCAUUUUCGACGAGACCGAAGGCCUAAUUAGCCGAAAUGGGAAUAACGAAGACAGUGAGGAUGGAGAGGAGCCUAUUACGUCACAGCAAGGAUUACUUAUUCCGCGGGCGCAUCCAGUAUUAGCUGGGCCACUAGUUUACUUCCAAGCAACCCUGGGGCAAAUGCCAGGACGUGAGACUCCAAAUCAACAGGGAGGAUCCAAGGACAGUCGUCGCAAAAAACGCAAUUGCUGCUGUUCGAUUCUUUAGUUUGAUUAUUGUAUUUCAUAUUAGUGAUUGUUGAAAUUAAAUUUUGUUCAUGACCC